AUGGAGAGAGCGCAAUCCCUGGGUCUCAUCGAUACUUGCACCACUUUGCCUGCUGCCAGAAGAAUCCACGCUCGCAUUCUAACCUCCUUCCCAGGCGAUAUCUUCAUCCACAACAGGCUGAUCGAAAUGUACACAAAAUUGGGGAGCCUGGACGAUGCGACAAAGACUUUCGAGGAAUCGCAACGCAAGAAUCUAUUCUCUUUCGUGCUCAUGCUCUCAGCUUAUGCGCGCGCCGGGCAGCUCAAUCGCGCUAAAUCCCUCUUUGACGCCAUGCCGGCGUGGAAUCUAGUCGCAUGGAAUGCGAUGCUAACUGCAUAUACCCGUUCUGGGCAACUGGUGUAUGCUAGGUCUGUAUUUUCAAAUAUGCCGGAUAAAAGUAUUAUUUCUUGGAACACUAUGUUAGCACUGUACUCACUGACCGGGGAAAUCGACGUUGCCACCGAGACCUUUCUACAAAUGCCUUUGAGAGACUUUAUCUCGUGGACAACGAUGCUUUCUGCAUAUACGCAAACUGGGUAUUUUGAAGAAGCGGAAAUUCUGCUGGACGAGAUGCCGCAGCAUUCUUUUAACUUGUGGGUAUCUGUCCUUUCUUCUUAUGCUAAACACAAAUUAAUUAAAAAAGCGAAGAAUGUUUUUUCAAGAAUGCCGUAUAGAAAUCUUAUUGCUUGUAAUGUAAUGGUCCUUGCAUAUGCCCAAAACGGGGAUUUUGAUGAAGCUUUUAGUUUUGUAGAAAGUUGCAUGCCUGAGAGGGAUUUGGUGACAUGGACGUCCUUGCUUGCAGCAUUGGCACAAUACGGUCAUGUGGAAGAUGCCAAGCGUGUGUUUGAUUCGUUCCCAGGACAAGAUUCCAUCUCGUGGACCGCAAUGCUGACGGCAUAUGCCCAGAACGGGUAUCUCGAAGAUGCGAAGCGAAUGUUUCGUGACAUGCCUGAACUGAAUCUCGUGUCGUGCAACUCUAUGAUGGUGGCUUUUGCUGAAAAUGGGGAAAUUGACUCUGCAAAAGAUGUUUUUAAUAGCAUGCCAAAACAUGAUGUCAUCUCUUGGACGUCUAUGAUGGUUGCUUAUACGCAGAAUGGUUUCUUAGAAGAGGCGAGAGAAACAUUUGAUCGCAUUCCUGUGAAGAACUUAGUUUCUUACAAUGCCAUCCUCUCUGCAUAUGCCCAAUCAGGGAAUAUCCAAGAUGCUAGAAGAAUCUACGCUGUAAUGCCUCAACACACAGUCACGUCCUGGACGUCUAUGAUCACCGCAUUUGCUCAAAAUGGUCUUUUGGAAGAAGCAAAGCAUGUUUAUGACCAAAUGGGCCAAAGGGAUCUCAUUGCAAUGGCUUCGAUGCUUUCGGCAUAUGCUCAAAAUGGACACAUUGUCGAAGCCAAGAGAUUCUAUGAUAGUUUUCCAGAAUGGAACAUGGUAUCAACUAACACGAUGCUUUCGGCAUAUGCCCAGCAUGGCUAUCUAGAUCAAGCACUUGUUGUCUUUGACAAUAUGCCCCAGAGAGACGAAGCUACUUGGAAUGCAAUCCUGGCAACUUAUACUCAGAACGGACAUCUUUCAGAUGCCAAGAGAAUCUUUCACUCCAUGCCUAGCCACAAUAUCAUCUCGUGGAAUACCAUUUUAGCUGGUUUUGUGGAAAGUGGACAGCCAGCAAUGGUGAAAAAGCUUUUCAAUGAGAUGCGAUCAACAAUUCAUCCGGACAAGGCUUGCUUUGCCAUGGUCCUCAUUGCCAGCAGCCAAGAUGGCAAAGUUAACAAGGGGAUCCAAAACUUUAGAAGCAUGGUUUACGACUAUGGAAUCCAACCUUCGAAGCAGCACUAUUGCUGCAUGGUUGAUAUCCUUUCAAGAGCUCGGCAUUUGGAUGUGGCAAUGGAGCUAAUUGAGAGCAUGCCUUUUGUUGCUGAUGGAGUGGAUUGGAUGUGCUUUCUUUCAGCUUGCGGGCGUCAAGCGCAUGGUCAUGCUGGCUUGAGUGUGGCAAGGCAUGCAGUUGAGAAAGACGAGAAAAAAGCAGCGUUUUACGUGUCAGUGGGCUUGAAGCUGGAGCAGGAGAUGCUGGAUCACCCGUUGCUUCAAAAGGCAGAGUAUGAUUGUCAACGUCUCCGUUCCUGUCGUGGCUUAAACUUGAGGAUCAACCAUGCAAUCGGAAAGGUGAUAAGCAUGAUCCAGGAGCUAAAAGAGGAGUUUAAGCAUAAAAAGAGGGAGAUACUGUUGUCCGAAGAAGGCCUCAGAGGCACGAAUGGUGUUAUGGAGUACCUGGCGGGAAUAGAGACAUUCAUGACUGGAAACAUAGAAAUGGUCGUGGCAGCACGGCCAUGGAUCCAAUGGUUCUGCAUGCCAAUCCGUAGAAGUCCCGUAGGACACAGAUCUCAGCACCACUAUGCGCAAUCAAGUGGUACCAGCGCUAGCAUGAUAGCAGCAGUGGCCAUGCAGGCUUUUGAGCAGCUCAACUCUGCCAACCUGGAAGACUGGUCUGAUGUGUUCCAUGACAAAUGCCACAUGAGAGCUAGCAGGCAUCUUGUAGUGCAAAUGCCGCAGCCAGCAGUCAUUCACUAG